UCAUUUCAUGCAGUCCCCACUUCUACACAUCACACAGUUAUCUUCCCCUUUUGUUUACUGUUGCUGUUUCCCGCUUUCACAAUCCUCUUUCUUAAUCACCAUCCAUCCCUCUCUGUAAAUCGAAUUGAAGAGAAUCAUCAGCUGUUCAGAUUAUCAGGCAAGCACCAUUUGAGCUAACUAGAAAUGGCAAAGGAAGCAAUGCAAAAUUCAAAGGAUGCAAUGUAUAAAACAAAGGAUUCUAUAUAUAAUUCUCUUGAUGAGCACAAGAGUCACAAUGUGGAUGUGCUGGUGGAUUUGGGGCACCCCCUUGUCAAUCGUGUGGUUGAUGGGUUUCUCAAAGUGGGUGGGGUUGGGGCCUUGAAUGCUGCAUCUCAAGAUGCCUAUAAGUUGGUCUUACAAGAGGAAGCCAACAAAUCCUCCCUUGAAUGCAUGGUUCAAAACAUGGGCAAACAAUCUUUGCAAUGGGGUCUGGCGGCUGGAGUGUACUCAGGAGCAAAAUUUGGUCUGCAAGAAGCAAGAGGCGUCCGUGAUUGGAAAAAUGCAGUGGUGGGAGGUGCCCUAGCAGGUGCUGCAUUAUCUCUGACAGAGCCAAAUCCAAGGCAUGAUCGUGUUAUGCAGGCAGCAAUCACAGGAGCAGCUGUUGCAACUGCUGCUGAGCUUCUGAGGAAUCUUACCCAUUGAUCAUAUUUCUUGUCACACUCAUUAUCUUGGUUAUGUGAUGUGCAAAACACCAUUUCAUAAUAAAUUAAGCUAUUUCUUUUGUCUGUAAACCAGUGUUCUGUGUGUCCAUUAGGGCUUUUAACUCUUUAGAUUUUCAGAACAAAUCGUGUAGAGAUAAUGUCUGCAAAUGUUGUAUGAAACCCGUUGUGGAUUCCUCAUUCAAGGUCUCUGAAUGGCCACAAAUUUGUCUUUCUUUUUAUGUAUGAAAUAAAUUUUGAGAAUGAAUUUUAUGUUCUGUGAA